CUCUCUCCCUCUUCACAAGCAGCGCCCAGGGGCUCCUCAACAGCCCCUCAACGGCAAACUUCGCCCGGAGGAACGUAUCCGAAAAUUCCAAUACUCGUGUCCGGAAUAUGGGAUACACGUAUCCGUUAGUGCAAUACGUAUCUAAUGCGUGUCGGACCGUAUCCGAAGAGUAUCGUAUCCAAACGAGUAUCCGAUACGGGAUACGCCACUAAAUAGCUUUCUGAAAAUUGUAAGCACCUUCCUUGGACUACAUGCAGGGCAGCAGGAGACAAUCAAGAACUUGCUUCAUGUUCUUCUGGACUGACAGAGAGGUAGCUCUCAUCUACUUAUAACCUUAUAUCUGUCGAUUGGAAUUUCUAUAAAAAAAUUUCUUUUAUUGAAAACUAAAGUGGGCAUCAAAACAUGGUUAAUAGCAUUCACACUACAGCUUCUUCUAUUCUUCACCCACCUCCCAACCCAACUCACUGUAACUCAAUGGCAACGGUGGAGCCAAGUGAACCCCCAACAGUAGAAACUUUAUGCCCAGAAACCCCUUCUUCUUUUUCUUCUUCUCCUCUGCUUUCUCCAAAAUCAGCAACCCCAUGUCCCCAAAUCCCAACCCAAAGCUCCUCACCGUCAUCAGUACUAGCGACACCGCUGGCAAGGCUAUGGAGACCCACUGCACAGAGAAACCUGAGAAAUCAAUGGUCCAAAUUAGCUUCUUACAGACAACAAUGGGCAUCUUCUUCUUCUACUGCACGAUCACAUGCCACCGCUCUUGUAAACGCCUAUCUUUCUCAAAAAUACAUGCCUUCCAUGGAGUUGGGCGCCUUGAGAGAUAUUCCGAAUAUAAAAAAGAAAGCUUCUCAGAAAUUGUUUAAGCAGCAGGUGCUUCAUGGAGGCAAACUUUUAUCAUCAUAUAAACAAAUGGUCUCAGUUGUAAUUCACAUGGUUAACAUUAGUAGAUCCAUGAAAUGCUUUCUCAAAGGCGCAAGCAGUAGCCCACUUGUACACUUUUCUGGCUAUUCCGAAGAUAAGAAUGAUCCUGGGGAUGGUGGUGGAAUUCCAGUCUUUACAUUUUGGACGAUCUCUUGCUUCGAAGAAGUGGCAGAGGAGCUUGUCCAGAUGUUUAUAUUGGAGUUAAAUUUGAAGCGUUUGCUAGUGGUGGAGUUACUAUCCAUUAGUUGCAAAGUUCCACCUUUAAACAGUUUGCGUUGGUCAGAUGAGCUUUAUCCGGGAGAAUUUAGUGAUUUGAGUAUAUGUAACUUAUACUCUGAGGAAACUUGUAAGCCAGUCUAUCCAAGAUUGGAUGAUCAGAAAUCUGAAAUGCCAGCUGCGCGAUUUAACAAGCAGCCAGAUCAUGAUGUUUUGCAGGUUUAUCCAACAACAUGGCUUGCAGAGGUGAACAUAGAUUCUGACAGGGUGGAUGAAAUAUUUGUGGAAGUUGGCGAUGAAAUGCAUGUUACGAUUUCAUGAGUUGCUGGCCUGUCUAGAAACAAAACGUUUGAAAUUUUGUCAAGGAGGUAUUUAUGUUGACACGCUGAAGAUUUGAGACUCUUUUGAAGUGUCCGUGUUAUUUGUAAAGAGGGAAAUGCUUGAAAAUGUCCGAAGGUCGAUUCUGCCAAAGUCCCCAAGCCCCAUAGACCACGGGAAAAAACAAAGAACCUUCAAAAGAUGUAGGCGUCUACAUAACAGAAGUCACUCCAACUUUGCAAGUGAAUUGAAAUACUGAUACUACUGUAGUUGUUUAUGUUACAUGACCCGUAUUUAACAUAAAUUAGAACUAAUUCCUAUCAAUUGCUUUUAAUCUUUGCUUAAAGAUUUCAUGGACUAUUUGACAAUUUUGAAGCUGAAAUUACUGAGAACUAGCUUGUGGGGCAGACUAUUAAUCAAGAAUGGGAGAUUCGAACUUGGAACA